UCGCAUCCAGUCGUCUAGCGUGAGUCCGCGCGAGCGGAUCGUCGGCGUUCGAGUCGCAUCCGGUCUCGAUUAACGGGCGUCGAGGCGCCUCUGGCCGACGGGGACGCGCGGGUACACGGUAUCCCGUGCCAAUAUCAUUUUCGCGAGAUUGUUUGUUUGUCGUGAAACGACGUGAGCAUUAUGCGUGUGCACGCGAUCCACGAGACAAACGGGCCAGAGCCCGCGAACGGUGAAACCGUAAACGUAAACGUAAACGUAAACGUAAACGUAAACGUAGACGUAAACGUAAACGAGACGCUCGAGCGUCCGCGGAGCCUCUGACACGCUCGGCUCGGUCCUUAGUAGACGUGUCGUAUCGUGUAUAGGCUAGGCGUUUUUCGAUUCCUAAAACACACUUUCUCCUUCCUCCCUCUUCACGCCAUUCCCUGGAUCUUCUGUAAUUCGAGCGAGCUUUCCUGGUCCUCCGCCACCUGGAUUUCCAAUUAGUCACCUUCGACCUCCUUUCGAAACCUUCUAAUACUCUCCGUUACCGUAACCGCGUACAAGAAAUCGUAGAGAUCGUCGCAAUUGUAUCCUGUAAGCGGUGUUUCUCUGGCCUCGAAGCGACAAGGGUUGAUUUAUCGUUUAAAAUCCGCGAGAGCGAGUUAAAAUCGCGCCUCGAACACCGUCGAGGCGAUUUUUCGUUGCAAAGUUCCAGCUGCCACGAUCCCACGGCGGUCUUCUUCUCAGCUGACGAGACAAAAAGUCGAUGAAAGACGAACCCUUUACAGAUUCCUCGCGAGUUACUCUUUGCCUGAAAUAUUUUGAUCGCGAUCUAUCGGUUACGCGACGUUAGGCGUCCCUUUCAUAAUCUCGUAAAUAUCAAGGUGAAUCGUGUGUACGGGGGUUUAAAUUUCUUGACGUUUGGACGAAAGAUUGAGACGAAAGUGACGAGGGAGCGAUGAACGAGACGGUGAAAAGAAUGUGAAUGGUUGAUUAGACGGUAAAAGUUGACGAACCAGGACACAAACGUGGAGGAAUUAUGCCGGACAAAAAUCGAGGCUGUCGGGAUGGACAACGCGACAAAGAUUUCUUUGCCGACGAGAUAUCGUCCAUUGGCAUGUCGCUGCGGCCCAGCGGUAGCGCUUCUUCCGGCAUCUCUACCCUCGCGAGCUGCGGCGAGGUCGAGGCGUUACCGGAACUGCCAGCGCAGGACGAGGAACGUUUACAACGCGCCGCACGUUUGCUGCAACAGAGGCUCGUUUUACGCCAGUGGCUGAUAGACCAUGGCCUGCACAGCUAUUACCAAAAGCUGAUGCAGAUGGAAGUGAUGUCUCUGGAGGACGUGUACUGGAUGGAGGAUAAUGCGGCACGGGCAGCACUUGGCAAGGAUCUUCAACGAUGGACCCAGGCCAGACAGACGUUGCCCACUUCGAAGGAAGAUUUAGAAACCCUCAAGGCCGAUCUGUGGAGCGCCGUUGUAAAAAACAGCCAGCACCAAGACGCUUGGACAUGGGGUGGAAUGCUGGUAGUUUCCGUGUCGGUGGCAGGGUUAGUGACCCUGGCUGCUAUGACGCAGCCCGCUCUAGCACCAGAAGCAAAACAUUCCCUUCUCCAAUACGUGACUGGAAAGUAUUUACUACCGAGCAAUUGCCGCGUUCACUUUGAAUGGGACGAGCCACAGCUCGUUGGGGAAACAAUGACGUUCACCGUCAAGUUUUAUCAGCGCAACGGCCAGCCCUACCCUAUCUGCGACAAGGACAACUUGAUAAUCGAGGUGACAGAGGGUUCGCGUAGAGUAGCCACCCUGAUUGAAUUGGGUGGAACCGAUCCUCUGGCUGCAAACACCGCGGUGGUCAAGUUCACGGUACGCCACGCUGGACAAUAUCGGAUAGCCGUGCUUAUCGGUUCGUGUCAUGUUCACGGCAGCCCGUUUUUAAAGAACUUCCUUCCUGGUCCCCCGGAUCCGAACAAGACCGUCUUCGUGCGACAGAGCUCCACGGUCGUUUGCACAGCUGGGAUCGCGCACAGCAUGACGAUAGAGCCUAGGGACGAGUACGACAAUCUGUGUGUCUUUGGGCCUGCUGACAAACCCACGGAAGGCUAUCAAGUUAACAUUAAUCAGAUCGGUAGCGCGUCGGAUAAAUCUGCAGUCACCAAUUGUAGCAUACAGCUGGACUACGACUCACCGAAUCAGAGAGUUCGUUUGAAGGUCAGCUUCCCCAAGGGCGGCUGCUACCACGCGACGGUUAGUUUAGCUGGGCUCCAGUUGCACAACGGUGAUUUCGACAUCAUUGUACUCGAGAGUGAUGUUGCGAGAAUGGUACACAGUAACGUGGCCUCGAAGGACCCAGACAUUUGUUACGCUGCGAAAUUGUUGGGUAUGCAGGGCGAAAAGUUCUCGAAGCCGAAGAAAGUUUUCUGCUUCAUUUCGCCUAAGCAGCUUACGAUCAAAGAGUAUCUACUGAGAAUUAUACCCAAAAGACUCGUUACUUUCAGGCUUUGUCCCUCGACCAAGUUCCAUUUUGAUUGUUCGAAUAAUCAGUACGACGGUUACGACUCAUUUUCUAUCGAUGAUGGAUGUCAGCCGCCCGUUGAAUUAAUCUCUCUCUAUCGGGACAUAAUAGCCGCUACAUUUACGUUGUUUCUUUUGAAAAACAUAGGUGGAAGCGAAACAUUCGCAGACAAGCAGGAUUUCUUUUAUCACGAGGUGCGAAAGCAUCAUCAGAAGCAUUACCACGAAAAGCUAUCGAUGAAAGUGCAACGGGACAAACUUCUGGAAUCGUCUAUGAAAACCACGAAAGGAUUUUCUGUGAGCGACUGGUGUAGAAAUUUCGAGAUCACCUUCCAAGGCGAACAAGGUGUCGAUUGGGGGGGCGUGAGACGAGAAUGGUUCGAAUUGAUUUGCGCCUCGUUGUUCGACCCUGGUAACGGGUUGUUUGCGUGUUUCGGAGAAUCACCACAGGCCUUGGUACAUCCUAACAACAAACGGCCUACGCAUCUCAAGUUGAAACAUUACGAGUUUGCGGGUCGCAUAGUCGGCAAAUGCCUUUACGAAUCCGCUCUAGGCGGUUCCUAUCGACAAUUAGUGCGCGCAAGGUUCACCAGAUCCUUCCUUGCCCAAAUCAUCGGCCUCCGAGUGCAUUACAAGUAUUUCGAGCAGGACGACCCCGAUUUGUAUCUGAGCAAAAUAAAAUAUAUUCUUGAGAACGACGUGGAGGAAAUGGAACUGUAUUUUGUCGAGGAGGAGUACGAUAAAGACGGUCAAUUAUUAAAGGUAGCCGAGCUGAUUCCUGGAGGGAGCAAGGUUCGUGUAACCAACGACACGAAAUUACGUUAUUUGGAUGCGCUCGCGCAACACAGGCUCGCCAGUUCCAUCAGGAACGAGGUGGAGCACUUUCUGCGCGGCCUGAACGAGCUCAUUCCUGACAAUCUUUUAGGCAUAUUCGACGAGAACGAACUCGAACUACUGUUGUGUGGAACCGGAGAAUACAGUGUGGCAGAUCUACGCGCCCAUCACAUAGCUAACGGAAGUUCCCCAGAGUUCCUUCGUGUUCUGGACUGGUUUUGGACCGCGGUUAGUAACUUCACUCAGGAGGAAAUGGCCCGAUUACUACAAUUCACCACUGGUUGCUCCCAAUUACCACCCGGUGGAUUUCAACAGCUGAGUCCACGAUUUCAAAUUACAGCUGCACCGACUUUUGCUAACUUGCCUACAGCGCACACUUGCUUCAAUCAACUCUGCUUACCCGAUUACGAGUGUUACGAUCACUUCGAACGAGCAUUACUGCUAGCGAUCAGCGAGGGUACCGAGGGUUUCGGUAUGAUUUAAGAAGAAGAGAUUCAACAUCCAAUCGUUUCUAGUCUUAACCGAUCAUUAUGGUUAUCGAACCGCUAUUUAUUUAUCGAUUUUCGCCCGUCUUAGUAACAUAGUUCAAUCCCCCCUUUCGCGGAAAAAGAAACGACACUCGAUCGCACAUUUUUAUACGCGAACCGCCGUCAUAUUUGAAAAUUAUCCCUUUUGCGUUUCGCUGAGAGACUAUCAAUGAACAAUCCACAAUCCUUCAGGAUACAAACACGACGAUAUAUUGGUAUUUUUACUGGCUCGUGGCGACCUUUUUAUAACAACGAUACGGAAGAGCAAUUUUAACGGAACAUCUGCAUUGCUCAGUUGAUCGUAUCGAAUGUUUGUUGUAGUUUAAAGUAUUGUCAAUUUUAUUACACACGAACGGUAGAGACGAGGGCGUUCCUCGAGCCACGAGAUUCGUGGUUCACUGACGCAGGUCCGUGCAAUUUAUUUCUUUUUUUUUUCUUUUUUUUUUCUUUUUUUUUCUUUUUUUCUUUUUUUGUAGUCGCUAAAUUAGACGAGGAUAGCAUAUUCGUUGUGAAGCUUGGUAACUCUUCACUCGUACAAAGGAAGAAUAAACUAAAUAGGGGUGUAGUCUAAUAGAUUUCCUUUCGUUUAGAAAAAAUCGAAUUCGAAAGUAUUAGUCUUAUUAAACAAUACCUCCAUUUACUUUAUUCCGCGAUGCUCUUGUGAGAGAAUUGUUACAACUCUUCUCAUUCGUACUCGGAAGUAUUCAUGAAUCGUCGCGCUAUGAAGCUAAUACCAGGGAGUAACAUAAAUACUCAAGGAUGUAAUUAAUUACAUACUAAAAGAAAUACUCGUGCAAUAUGUAAUACGAACCAAAAACGAAGGACGAUAGCUUUAGGCUUCUCUGUAGACGUAAUAUCGUUCUCGAGAUUUGUUAAUUAGUGCGUAUACGUAGUGUGAUACUCAAUGAUACCCUGAAUUAACCGGCACUGAGUUGUUUUUCUGUUUUCUCCCUUUAAUUUUUCGUUACAGUUGUCGAGACAGAGUUUCUUCUCGAGUAUCGAGUAUAGUAAAGCAACCCUUAUUCGUUCUCGCAAAUUAACGUUCGCGACGAAGGAUAUAGGUCGACUAGCUACGAGAGAGUUGCUACACACCUAACGAUGCGCUCGAGCACGAAACAAUUUUGUGAUAACAAAUAAACGAAUCUUCCAUUGAAAUUUAAAAUCUUGUGAGAAAGAGAGCCCAUACUGUAACGGCCAAGUAUUACGAGAGGCAUCACACCGCAAGGACAAGGACGACGACGACGACGACGACGACGACGACGACGACGACGACGACAUAUUAUUGACAAACGAAAAUGAAAAAUCAUUAUUUUAUCUGGUACUUAAGUACACAAUAAUGAGAAAUGUGAUCAGACACGUCGUAUUUGUGUCACUCGUACGUGGGUUAUACUUAGAUUUAAUCGUAAAGGUCUAUCCGUAAUGUGUUUUGAGAAAAAUAAUAUACCGUGAGCAUAUCGUUCUCUGUUGCGUAUUCUGUAGUUUGUGUUCGUUUAAUCUAUAUAGAUAUAUGUAGUAUACGGUAGACCUUGUGCAUAACACGCUGUAACCACGAUUCUGUGUGGAUAUGUAUGUGUAUAUAUAUAUAUAUAUACAUAUCUAUCGAUUAUGCAAAUGUAUUUGUUAUUCGCUUUAUAACGUUAACGAAUCGCAAUCGGUGAUUGGAUUAUAUCAUAGGAAUGCUGACGGUACCUUAUUUUUGUCAGUUUAUCAUGUUACGCGACAAAAAAGUGUAAAAUAUAGAUUAAAAAAUGCAAACGA